GAAUUCGAGAAAUUACUAUUCGAGGAUGCUUCCGAUAUUCGAACGCUCACAGGCAGGCUGUGCAAAUGGUCGCUGCAGGUUUGAUUGAUUUGAAACCACUAGUUACCCAUAAAUAUAAAUUUCAAGAAGCAAUCCAAGCCUUUCAAACCGUGAGGGAUCAAAAGGAUGGUGUAAUUAAAGCGCUUAUUCUCGGCGAUUAA